GAGGAGAAAAAGAAAGAGAGAGUAUUGUCAUUGAGACAGAUAUGAGGUCCUCUUUGAUCUUGGGAGUUACCUUACUCCUGACGAUAGCGGCCACGUCUAUCGUCCAGGCACGUACAACCAGGUCAGCACACACCUGCGGUUUAGGUCCAGGCACUAACGCGUGCAAGCAAUGCGGGGAAAUAGUGGUGAAAGCAUCGAAACAGCAAAAACCGCUGGUGUUUGCAUCGCCGCAGGCAAUUAAUGAGGCUGCAAUAGCGCGUGAAGCGGUUGGAAGAUUUUCCGCAGGAACGGGAUCGAGAAGCAUUUCCAGUUACAGUCCCUAUAGUAGUGGAGUAGUUAGCACUAGCAGCAGCAGCAGCAGUAGUAGCAGUAGCAGCAGUAGCAGCUCUUCAAGUUCUGCAUCUUCCGUCGGUUUUCUUGGAAAACUGGGAAUCGGUGGAAGCUAUUCUUCUCCUUUCAAGACUGUCUCGCAUGAUGUGAGCACCAAUUCCGGUUGCGGAUGCGGAAAGAAAUCCGAACCUUUGGAGGUUCUUCUGUCCUCCGAUACUAAUAAACAAAUCGUGCCCAGUUUCCCGCCGAUCGGUGACUUAUGUUAUCCGAGCAAAGUUCAAAACGGCAAACUCCAAGUGACCACCAAAGUGAUACCGGCGUAUCCCAGCAAGGCCUCAUGCACUACUCCUCCAAUUCCUGAUCAGGUUUGCGUAAACGUACUCAAUGGACAGAUUGAUGAAACUGGAAUAAGAAAACUCGGUUUGGCACAAAGCGGUACCAGCACGGCGUUCGGUGGAUUGUUCGGUAAAUUAAGCGGCGGAAGUGCGUUUGGUAGCGCAAGUAGCCUCGGUGAAUAUAUUACCAGCAAUACAGGCAACACUCAAUACGGUUCUGGAGGAUACGGUAGCUCAGGUAGCGUUUUAGGAUACGGUAGCUCGGGCAGUCUUGGAAGAUACGGUAGCGCAAGCAGUGCAGGAUAUAGUAGUUCUGGCAGUGUUGGAGGAUACGAUUCAACUGGAUAUACUGGAUACGGAUUAGGAUAUACAGGAUAUGGAAAUCUGGGAUACCUUGGAAACGAAUUUGGAACAUCGAGCGGUGUUGAAUUUAUUGAAAACGACAGAUCUAACUGUGAUGACUUUGGUGAUGAAUUGCCCAAAGAUUAUUCGUAUCCUCGACUACCUGCGGAUCCGGUUUCGCUUACCUUAGCAUACAAAAAUCUCUUCCCGCGCUUACAAAUGGCAUACAAAACGAAGUCGUUCAUGCCGGAAGAUAAGCUGGCAUUUGGUCAUAGAACGAUACCAACCGAAACAACAUCCAGCAAGAAGAGAUUAGACGUACCUGAAGAGAAACUUCAGAUCCUCGAUAAACCCGUCGUAGAGCUAAAAACGACGCCACAGGUUCCCAUCACCGUCGGCUUUUAUAACGAACAGGAAGAAGUUAAGUUAGCCGAGCUCGAGGCUAUCGAACGUGAAAGAAUACAUCAGGAGGAAAUCGCCGGGCAACAACUACAGCAUGCAAACAUUAUUACAUACGGGGACUUAGGAUACGCGCCAGUCGGUGCACCAGGAAAGUUGGUAAGGCCUCUAUCAUUGAAUUCUCUCGAUACGCUCGAUGUAGAAGACAGAGGUUGCGGUCCGGUAGGACCACCAGCCUUCGACUACGUUCCCGGCAGUGUCGUGAUCAAUCAAGAAAUCAUGAAUGGAGACGAAAUCGAGGAUGGCAUCCAGACAAACGUCGGCACGGCAUACAUUCGUUACGAAGACGACGAGCGCAGCGAUGAGGAAGAUGACGACGAGGACUCGACGUCCGGGAUAUUCGCCAGACUGAGAAGCUCCGCUCAGAAAUACGGAGUUCCGUGUGGGGCUGUAUAAUCUUUCAUAUAGAAAACACGAAAUGUGAAAAGCAUUCGUUUCAUUGACGAUUCGUGAUCAUCAAGAUGAAUAUUGGUUGUUUAGAAACGAAGACGUGGACACCCUCAAAUAUUAUACUAGUCCUAGUCCUGCGUCUUUGUGAUGUCACUAAUGUUAAGAUAAUAUAUUAGCGAUUAUACGAGAGAAGAGAACCAGAAA